CUACAGCUGUAUCAAAUAUCAUCCUACAUCGCUCCAUAGCCACGAUGUUGUGCGGUCUUUCGGGGUGAUUCCACUGCACCGCCCCGAGGCAAGGCCUAGCUGCUGUUUCGCUUACCCACACAACUAACGCAGCUCUAGAAGCAUAAUGGGCGUGGUCGUGAUCCCGCCAAACCCUGAGCCGGGGCAAACCCGCGCCAAGGUGCACCUCGAGCUAGACAAAGAUGAGGCACGGGCCACGAUCGAUCGCCUCAAAGCCAUGUUGGAGCGGCUGAAGCACAUGAAAGCCACUGGCGAGCAGUUCCGGGCCUCCGCGCAGAUCGCUGCGGCGCCUGCUGGGCCGAGCGCGGCGCCAGGGCAGCCAGCGGCGCGCCCGGCCUUCGCGCCCGCACCCGGGCCGGCAGUAGCAGCAGCCCCAGCACCGGCACCGGUGCAGGUGGCCGUAGCACGACCGGCUGUAGCGCACGCACCCGUGUCGUCGAUGGCCAGCGCCGCCAUGCGGCCGGGCAUGGGCGUGCCGCAGCAGGUGGCGGCGGCGAUGGCGGCAGCCGCCCACCCGGGUGCGCACACCACGCCCACCGUCGCGCCAGCAGCAGCAGCCGCCGUGCGGCCUGCUGGCAUGCCCGGCAGCUUCGCUCAGCCCCUGGCGCCAGUCGCUGUGCCCAUCACGCCGGCCGCUGCGGCGGCAGCAGCAGCAGCGGCCGCUGCGCCGCGGCCAGCGGCGGCGCCCAGCCCCGCCGCCGCCGCGGCGGCGGCUGCGGCGGCCGCCAAGGCGGCGGCGGCGGUGAGCGCGGCAGCGGCGGCGCGGCCGAAGGCGGCGGCACCCGUGCCGGCGCCGGUUCGGCCGGUGCCGGCGCCUGUGCCCGCCCCCGCACCCAGACCCGCGCCCGCUCCCGCGCGCGCCGCCGCCGCGCCAGCCACCACCGCCUCCAGCUACAACUACGGCGGCGGCAGCCGGCUUGUGUGGGAGUGCUGCAUGACCAGCGACGAGGGAGACCACAACCGCGACCCCGUGCAGGCGCUGCAGUUUGUCCCCUCCAUCCCCGGCCUGCCCGGCGGCGACGGCCACGGCGGCUGGCUGGUGUCGUCCAGCAGGCGGCUGCUCAACCUGUGGGAGUGCAGCCCGGGCGGCGGCCGCGGCGUCAUGUCCAUCAUGCUGCUGCACAGCCAGGAGACGGACUUCAUCUCCUCCCGCCUGGCAGCGGAGCCGGCGUCGCGCCUGCUGUUCGCCGCAAGCGCCGAGGCGCGCAGCGGUGUGGAGUAUGUGACGGUGCACUCGCUGGACGCAGAGGCAGGCAUGCUGGCCUACAAGUACAAGCUGGCGGUCACGCCGCCCAACGCGCCCAAGCCGCCCGCGCCGCCCGCCGGCGUGCCGCCGGUUCGCCACCUGUCCGCCGUGGCCUCGCUCAGCGCCUUUGGCGGCGGGCUGGCGGGCACGUGCGGCGCCGCCUAUCAGAGCCAGGUGUACGUGUACGACACGCCGGGCCUGACGCCCGCCGCCGGCUCCAACCGGCCCGAGGGUGUGCACCCCAAGGGCAGCUGGAAGGCCCACGACGCGGGCGCGCCCAUCACCGCCAUGACCGCCUCCACAGUGGGCGGCGCACGCGUGGUGACGGGCUUCAGGGACGGCUCCGUUUGCGUGUGGGACAUGCGUCAGAAGCCGCCCGCAGCUUCCUGGCGCAACAAGGGGCACAGUCAGUCGGUUACGGGGCUGCAGGUGGCCAACGACUCCACGCUGGUCUCCAGCUCCCUGGACGGCAAGGUGUGCAUCUGGGACCUGCGGGUCACGGGCAGCCCGCGCGCCUCGGCGGUGCCUGACGGCUCCCAAGUGACGUGCGUAAAGAUGAGCCCGGCGGGAGACUGCGUGGCGGCCGCCACCACGCGCGCGCUGGUGACGGUGGACCUGCUGGACGGCGCCGCCUCUGUGGCGCCCGUGACCAGCGCGCCGCUGCCCAAGCCCUUCUCAGACGUGGUGUGGAACAGCCUCACAGGCGAGAUCUACGCGGCCUCGCCCUCGGGCACUGUGUCCGUUUUCCGCCAGACCUACAAGUAGAGUAGCAGCUAGGGGCAGGCACGAUCACACCAGACCAGACCAGACCGCUGUGGUCCGGCGUGCUGCGGAGUGCGGCAUGCUUGCUGCCACUGCCAGGGCGCCGCUGUAGGAGGGCGGCGGGCGUGGUUCUGAGGUGUUGCAAGGACGCUGACCAGGAGGCAAAGAUGUGGGACGAGGAGGAAGAGGAGGCGGAGGAGGAGGAGGAGGAGGCGGGGUUGUGGAUGUGGUGUAUUUCUGAACAAAACACCCAAAAGCUUAAUACUCAGGGGGCUAGCUGUCGGCGGUUGAGGCAUGCAGUGACACGGCGGGCGGCAGACGGUUGGGGCCUGGAUGUUUCAUGAGGCCGGGUCUGGAAAGGGCGGAGUCCCGUAGGUUCCCGCGAGGCUGUUCUGUAGGCAUCAGGCGAGGCUGUUCUGUAGGCAUCAGAGUCGGAGUCGCACAUGGACGGAGCAGGAUGUGUGUGUUUGUGCAACCUAACACGUCGCCUGCGUUUUGGGGCCCUGGCGAAGCGCAGCACCGGGAAAAGGGAGCUUGCGUGCUUUUGUGUGCACCGUAGCUGUGCGUGUGUGUGUGUGUGUGAGGCUAGUGCGGCUAGUGAGGCUAGUGAGGCGGCGGCACCGCAGCAGGGGUUGCGUGCGUGGGGGAGUGGCUGAGAGGCGACGCGGUGGCAGACAGAGCCGUGGCUUGGGCGUAAUGCUACAUCGCUGAGAUCUAGGACAGGCAAGCAGGCACCGGCAGGUAGGGCGGCGUGCCGCUACAUAGCGCACGCAUGCCGCGCGUCUUGGCCGGGUGUGGCAGCAGGAUGGCGAGCGGUGUUCGCUCUGGCGGAGCGCCGUGCGGCAGGGGGGCCGCGGUGUGUGCCGCGGUGCCGCUGUGCCGCUGCAACGGCCCGCAGGCCGAGUCUCUUUCCCAUCG